GCGGAGCCAGCAGUAGGUGGAAGCGGAUUAGGCUCAGGGAGUGGGCGGGGCGGGAAAAGUUCCGGGAAGGCUGGUUAUCGCUCCCGCAGCCUAGAGAAGUUGGAGACGCCCAAGUCCCCACGGAAGGCCCACAGCUAUGUCGUCUGGGGACGCAAGGUCUGGUAGACAGGACGAGGCCCCGAGCGCGGCCUCAGCGCUCUGUGGCCUGUACCACGAGGCAGGCCAGCAACUACAGCUCCUGAAGGAUCAGCUGGCCGCGCGUGACGCCCUUAUCGCGAGCCUCCGCACCCGCCUCGCGGCUCUGGAAGGGCACACGGCACCAUCACUUGUGGACGCACUUCUGGAUCAGGUGGAGCGCUUCCGUGAGCAGCUGCGGCGACAGGAGGAUGGUGCCUCGGAGUCCCAACUGCGGCAGGAAGUUGAAAGACUUACUGAGCGUCUCGAAGAAAAAGAGAGGGAGAUGCAGCAGCUGAUGAGUCAGCCUCAACAUGAGCAAGAGAAGGAGGUGGUCUUGCUUCGGAGAAGUGUGGUAGAGAAGGAAAAAGCCAGGGCGGCCAGUGACAUUCUGUGCCGCUCCUUGACUGAUGAGACCCACCAACUGCGCAGGACAUUGGCUGCCACUGCCCACAUGUGCCAACAUCUGGCCAAAUGUCUGGAUGAGCGACAACGUGUGCAGGGAGACGCUGGGGAGAAAAGCCCUGCUGAGCUAGAGCAUACAAGCAGGGAUGCCUCUGGCCAGAGUGUUAUUAAGAAGUUACAGGAAGAAAAUCGACUGUUAAAACAGAAGGUGAUUCAUGUGGAAGACCUCAAUGCCAAGUGGCAGCGUUAUGAUGCAAGUAGGGAUGAAUACGUGAAGGGGUUACACGCACAGCUGAAGAGGCGGCAGGUUCCUCUGGAGCCUGAACUCAUGAAGAAGGAGAUUUCCCGGCUUAACAGACAGUUGGAGGAGAAAAUAAGUGACUGUGCCGAAGCAAAACAGGAGCUGGCAGCCGUGAAGAUGGCCCGGGACACUGCGCUGGAGCGAGUGCAGAUGCUGGAGCAGCAGAUUCUUGCUUACAAGGAUGACUUCAAAUCAGAAAGGGCAGAUCGGGAACGAGCUCAUAGUAGGAUUCAGGAGCUGGAGGAAAAGGUCAUGUCCUUGAUGUACCAAGUUUCCCAGAGACAGGACUCCCGGGAGCCAGGACCCUGUCGGAUUCAUACGGGGAGCAAAACUGCCAAGUACUUAGAGAUGGAUGCACUGGAGCAUGUGGCACCAGGCGGCUGGAGGCCUGAGUCUAGGUCCCAACAGAUGGAACCUUCUGCAGAGGGUGGGCAUGUCUGUACAACCCAGAGAGGUCAGGGUGACCUUCAGUGUCCUCAUUGCCUGCGGUGUUUCAGUGAUGAGCAAGGCGAGGCAUUCCUCAGGCACCUUUCUGAGUGCUGCCAAUGAGCCAGAGACACCAUGCCUGUGUGACCCAUGACCAGCAACUCAGUGUGUUGCAUUCUCCUGAGAUCUAGGGCCCAAAUGGGCAGGGUCACUGGUCAGAGGGAACUAUUGACAGAGCAGGAGGAAGAGAUGGGGUCAGGGGCAUCAAGCUGGAUGCUUGUGGAGCAUCUCAUGCGGAAUCUGGACCGAGCUGUCAAUUCAAAGCUGCAAGCUAUCUGUUGUGGGAGUGUUCUGACUUGCUUGCACCUAGAGUUGUGCUACUUGCUGGAAGGGGAAGUUGCUGUGGGAGCAGUGUGUCCUCUCUCCAGGGUGGUAGCUCCAUCCUGUUGAGUAGUGAGGUAGGUGUCUUAUUCCCUGACUGGUCUGUGAGCACUACAGUUACAUGGUACACUAGAACCUUCCCAAACACAGCAGAGCCACACAGCUGUAUCCAGUACCAUCACCUUGCAAGAACACUUGUAUUUCCAAAGGGAAUGCACCUUUAUUUCCUAAUCAUUUACUUUUAUAAUAAAUGGAUUUACUACUGUGC